GUCUCUCUAACUCAUACGUUCUCUCUCACACUCUCUUGUUUUCUCUCUAUAAAUUGGUGACACCGCCCUCAAAAAACUCCCACCUUCAUUGUCUCUCUCUCUUUCUUACAAAUCUCAAUGUCGCUCCAGUCUAGUCAAUCGCAGAACAACGUGAAGCCGUCAGAAUUCCGAUACCACGAGGAAUACAUAAGGAAUGCGAGAGGUGUUGAGCUGUUCGCUUGUAGAUGGAUCCCAUCAUCUUCUUCUCCCAAAGCUCUCGUUUUCCUCUGCCAUGGUUAUGGUAUGGAGUGUAGCGACUCCAUGAAAGAAUGCGGAAUCAGACUGGCUUCAGCAGGAUACGCUGUUUUUGGUUUGGACUAUGAAGGUCACGGAAAGUCCAUGGGAUCUCGUUGCUACAUCAAGAAGUUUGGGAACGUUGUCAAUGACUGCUACGCCUACUACACCUCUAUUUGUGCCCAGGAGGAGUACAUGGAGAAAGGCAGAUUCUUGUAUGGAGAAUCCAUGGGAGGUGCAGUCACCCUACUGCUUCACAAAAAAGAUCCUUCGUUUUGGAACGGCGCCAUUCUUGUUGCUCCUAUGUGUAAGAUAUCCGAGAAGGUGAAGCCACACCCCGUGGUGAUUAGUGUGUUAACUAGAGUUGAAGAAAUCAUACCGAAAUGGAAAAUAGUUCCAACAAAAGACGUGAUCAACGCUGCUUUCAAGGACCUGGUCAAGCGAGAAGAGGUAAGGAACAACAAGCUGAUAUAUCAAGACAAGCCUAGGCUUAAAACAGCACUUGAGAUGCUCAGGACAAGCAUGAACCUGGAAGACACUCUCCACGAGAUAACAAUGCCUUUCUUUGUACUACACGGAGAAGCAGAUACAGUGACGGAUCCAGAGAUAAGCAAAGCAUUGUACGAGAAAGCGAGCACAAGGGACAAGACUCUCAAGCUGUACCCCGGGAUGUGGCACGCUCUGACGUCAGGUGAGCCUGACAGUAACGUUGACCUUGUUUUUGCUGACAUCAUCACUUGGCUUGAUCUUCGAACCGCUGACCCAGCCUCUCUCACUGUCACCCCUAUACGAGUUACUACCGCCACGACGAGCAUCGAAAGGGUUACGGUUAAUGGCGUUAGUAACAGCCAACGGAGGCCUAAACGUCCCUACUUUAAUCUCCUUUGUGGUUUGAACCGUGGCCGUUUGGUUCCACGCUCUGCUAUGUAAUAUUUUUAAAUUGUAUCAAGGCAACAAAUAACUCUAUUCGUGGAAAUAGAGUCGGUUUAUAACUUAUUAUUAAGAUUUCGUUCUAGCUCAA